AUGGGGCCUGCAUUAGCAAGUCGACGACACUUGCACACUGCUGCCGAUUGCUGUGACUAACGUUUGCUGUCCUCGACGCAGUUAUCAUUAUUUCAGUUUGCGAAUAUGUAAUUGUCGGUUGGUCGUUCCGUUAUGGACUGUGAUAACCAAGAUCAGUGUUUAAUAUAUUUUUCUAAAUUUGAUUGAGUUCGUUUCAAUAUCAGUAGUGAGCCUAAUGUGUUAUUCUUAUUGAAUACAUCAUAGUCGUAUAUCUGAAAUCGUAUAUCUGAAAUCGUAUUUGAAUUGCAGGAUUAUUAUUCGUAAAUGAAUUUAUUUUGUUCUCUGUAAAAUAAAUUAAAAACUCAAUUACAGUUUUUAUUAAUAGAAGACUUAAACUAUUUAUCGGUAUUUGCAAAAGCAAAUUAUCUAAAAAGAUAAAGCACUCUGUACUCAUCGCAAUCGGUUGAUUCAUCCGGGGUGUUCGUGUUCUCCGGAUAUGAUAUGUCGACUGAAAAUGUAUCACUUUCGUUGUUAAGUCGUAUUGCUGUUUAAUUGUUAGGUGGUAAAAAUUUGAUCAGUACAUAAAUAAGACUUUAAUUGUAAACCCGAGAUGGCGUCAAUAUCGGAGUCUCCACUUAGCAGAGCCAGAAACAGACCUGUUUUAUCCCGAUACAGAGAAAAUGUUGGCAAUGCAAACCAGUUACAAAGCAAACGUGAGCUCUUCUUCAAGUCGGAGUCUGUCAGUAGUGGUACUGGACCACCGUCGGGGGCGCCGCCUGCCCCACCGCUCGCACCGUCCGCUCUCAAGGAUGCGCUGGCGAAGCGAUCGGCGACCCUCCCGGACCCGCACGAAAACCACCAUGAGGCCAACGGCACGGCACCUUCGACUAAGCUGAGCAACAGCGUGUCGGUGGACUCCAAGCCGCCCAACACGGCCCCUCCCCCGACGCCUGCGCCUCCCGUGCCCACUUCAGCGCCACCCACCGCACCAGCUCCUCUUAGGAGUACAGAAAAUAUUAUGAAGAAACCAGAUCACCCACCAGUUGCGCCAAAACCAGAUUUACCUAAGUUAGAAAAGCCAAAAACCAAAGAAUUAGAUGGAUACGUUGGAUUUGCAAAUCUACCAAACCAGGUGUACAGGAAGGCAGUCAAAAAAGGAUUCGAAUUCACGUUAAUGGUAGUAGGUGAAACAGGACUAGGAAAGUCAACGUUAAUAAACUCCUUGUUUCUAACGGAUGUGUAUGACAAAGAAAAGCAUCCUGGUCCCUCGCUACGAGUGAAGAAGACAGUGGGAGUUGAGACAAGCGUAGUGUUGUUGAAGGAGAACGGAGUCAACCUGACGCUCACCAUCGUCGAUACACCCGGCUUCGGAGAUGCUGUCGACAACAGUAAUUGCUGGCAGCCAAUAAUUGACUUCGUCGAAUCAAAAUACGAGGAGUUCCUAAACGCAGAAUCACGAGUGACGCGCAAAGCGGCACCUCCUGAUACCAGGGUGCACUGCUGUCUGUACUUCAUAGCGCCCAGUGGACAUGGCCUCAAGCCUUUGGAUGUGGAGUUCAUGCAGCGGUUGGGAGACAAGGUUAACAUCAUACCCGUUAUCGCCAAGGCUGAUACUAUGACACCCGAAGAGUGCAAAGAGUUCAAGGAACAGAUAAUGAAAGAGAUCGCGCAGCACAAGAUCAAAAUCUACGAUUUUCCGGAGAGCACGGGCGAAGAAGGCGAGGCGGUGGAGGCGACGCGUGCGAUCCGCAACCGAGUGCCGUUUGCGGUCGUCGGCGCCAACACCGUCAUCGAGCUGGACGGCAAGCGGGUCCGCGGCCGCAAGUACCCCUGGGGCGUCGCUGAAGUGGAGAACCUGGAGCACUGCGAUUUCCUGGCGCUGCGCAACAUGGUGAUCCGCACGCACCUGCAGGACCUGAAGGACGUCACCAGCUCCGUGCACUACGAGAACUACCGCUGCCGCAAGCUGGCCGGCCUCUCGCACGACGGCAAGCCGCACCGCAUCAAUUCCAACAAGAAUCCUUUGGCUCAAAUGGAAGAAGAAAAGAGAGAACAUGAUCUCAAAAUGAAAAAGAUGGAGAGUGAGAUGGAGCAGGUGUUCGAAAUGAAAGUCCGCGAGAAGCGCGCGAAGCUGAAGGAAUCCGAAGCGGAGCUGGCGCGGCGACAUGAAGCUACCCGGCGCGCGCUGGAGACGCAAGCGCGCGAGCUCGAGGAGCGCCAGCGCGCGCUGCAGGCGGAGCGUGCCGCCUGGGAGCGCGACACCGGGCUCUCGCUCGACGAGCUGCGGCGUCGCUCGCUGGAGGCCAGCAGCAAGGAAAUGGUGGACGGCAAGGACAAAAAGGAUAAGAAAAAGAAAGAUUGGUCUUUUAAGAAUGUUGCAACUGGAGUAGCAAUAUAAUUUGGACCAAGGUCUGAGCACAACGCACCAAUCUAGCUUAGUGAGUUUUAGCUCUAUUGUUAAAUAGCAUAAUGGAACAACGAUUUAUAAAGACUACUACUGAACGUAAUAACACUGUAUUUGACAUUUUAAACAUUUUACUCAAAAUUGAUUUAUUAUCAGAAGCCGAGAUUACUUUUUAUGUAUUUAUUUAUAAGAUUUUUAUUUCGCAUUUAAACAUUUUUUAUGAUAAGUGAGGCCUAAAUUUUUUAUACACUUACUGUGUUUCCAAAGGCAUUUUGUAUACAAUUUUAUACGGUUUAUUUAUUUCAGGUAUUAGUUUUCUAAUGAAAGCGAAUUCUCGCUGCACAAACAUUUAUACAGUUUAUUAAUAAAUCAUUCACGUCCACAAAGAUGCCAAAUAGCUUGUAAUAACGGUCUGCUUUAAUCGGCGAUAAAUAUUUUAAAAUGUGUACUAACUUUAUGAUAUAUGUAUCAUAAAAUAAUUUUGGAUCUGAAAAUAUGUCGAUCAAAGGUCAAUUCCCAAGCUCAACUAACGUGAGAUCAAUCAUGACACUGACAUCUUUACUGAUAAAUAUAACAUUAGAUAUGUUGAAUAAUUGUUAAAGUUAUGACACGAAUUUCGCCACUUCUGUUAUAUUUAUACGUAUAGAUAUUUCGUACUGUAUUUACUUAUGUAAUUCUAGGUAACAACACCAUUCUAAAUUUAAUGUGAAAUUAGAUAAAAAAUAUUUUUUACUUCUUUUCAUUAUAAAGUUAUUAAUACGAUUUCAGCUUUUAUCUUUGGAAUUUGGAAUCAAGGAGUGGCAUUAAUGUAAUUUGGCGGUCGUAUCAUGAUAUUGGUACAAACAUUCCGUUGAGUUUGUUAAAUUUUAAAUAUUAGAGAUCUAGGAGGAAAAUUAAUAUGUCAGCUUAACCUAGAGUAUAUUCUGUACGACUUGCCUUAAACAUUGAUAUAUUGUGCUUAGUGAUAUUGAUAUGCUCAUAGAUCAGUUGUGACAUAGACUCUAGCCUCUAGCUAGGUGUUAGUGUUCUUUGAAGUAAUUAAUUAUAAGUGACGGAUUAUGGUUGGCUCACUUUUUAAAUUGUAGCAUUUAUGUAAACUCAAUACUAGUGUAUGAAAGUUAUGGUUUUUCAUAUCGAUUUUUCAAAUACGAAUCUUUGAUGAAAUCUUGUUUCUUGAUGACCAUCUUCCAAUCAAUCUGCGAUAGAACAGUUCUAUGUAAAUAUUCUUUUUGCUUAUUAUGAUUAUAUAACAGAUGAUGAAGAUAUGAUUAUCUAGUUAUUCAAAUACGUUAUUAUUGACACAUAUGCAUAAUCUUUAUUUAAUCAAAAUGCCGUGGUUAAGUUGUAUUAUUUCCUACAUUACAGUAUUGACUUCCGCAUUAAAGUUAGGCGUUUAGGAAUUAAGAUUAUGCUUAAUUUUAUAUUUGUGUAGGGCUACUGUCCACUUAACCAUACUGAUCAUUUGUUUAGUCAUUACAAUGGAUAUGUGAUGUUUGUUGGAUGAACAGUAAAGGCAGACGAUGUAAUAUAUUGUACCUUUGAAUAAAAUAUAAAUAAAUACGUAAUAUAUAGGA